UUUUGGGCCUUUUUUUCUAAAAUCCUCGAUUUCCGUUAUUUACUCCUGAUCCCGCCAUUACCGCAUUGCCGCAAUAUCCGUCGCAUCGCAUACCGUUUUCUGCGAACCCUGUGUACAGUAUAACGAAAACGAAAACGAGAGCUGAAACAGCCCUGACCAACUCUUAAACACUAUCUACAAACUCAACCCCGAACUCAUCACCUACCCCCCCAAAAAGUUUCGAAAUGGAACAACUACUCUCUCUCGCCUUCGACAACCUAUCCUCCUACGACGGCCCCAAAAUCCGCAAGGGUCUCCGCCAGGUCGAGGGCCUGCUCGCCAACAUCUGCCUGUCGCGAGCGCAGAGCAGCCGAGACCGCCGCGCCUCGAUAAUUUCGACCACCGCGGACGAGGAAGCCGCGGCGGCCGCCGGCCCAACCCCUAACAAGACGCUCGAGCAGAUCUCGGAGGACCCGGCCUUCUGCGAGUUCUUCAAGCUGCAGGAGGGGUUCGAGUGGAACGUCGCGUUGCGCCUGGUCCAGACGCUGGACCGCCUGCUCGCUAGGGGCGCGGACGGUUCCAACGACCUGCUGAUCAUGAGUGCGUUGGAGCUGGUCCAGGGAGUCAUGCUCCUUCACCCGCCCAGCAAGGCGUUGUUUUCGCGCGAGGUCUACAUGAACCUCCUCCUCGACCUCCUAGAACCCGACUUCUGCCCCGCGAUCCAAUCCUCGACCGUCGUGACCCUCGUCACGGCGCUCAUCGACACGCCGCGCAACACGCGGACCUUCGAGGCGCUCGACGGCCUGCUGACCAUCACCUCGCUCUUCCGGAACCGGUGCACGGCGCGCGACGUCAAGCUCAAGCUGAUCGAGUUCCUCUACUUCUACCUCAUGCCCGAGACCCCCUCCAUCCCCGCCGCCCAGCCCAACCCCCAGCUCCCCGGCCUGCUCCAGCGCAGCCCUAGUAAGCUCGCCAAGGCCUUCGUCGGCGGUCAUCACGGCCGCGCUAGUAGUAAUGAUAGCUCCGGCCGCCCCCGCUCCGCCGGCGACGGCGAGACCCGCACCCAGGAGGAGAAGCAGGCCCUGCUCGGCCGCCACCUGAGCAGCGUCGCCGAGCUCGUCGAGGAUCUGAAGCAGAACACUCCUUUCGGGGGUGUGGUAGGCUAGACAGACAGGAUACCAAAGUCGCAAGUCUCUAGUCCUGCAUUUCCUUUUUUGCCUUUUUUUAUUUAUUUACCUCAGGCCGGCUAAAUUUCCGUUCUGUUGCGGGACGCCUUGCUCAGUAGGCGUUAUGAUCUGGUCUAGUCUGCUCUGAAGUUGGAAGAUACUCUCUGACCCUUCCUCCCAGCUCCUUCUUUA